UAUUUUGCAGAGUACUCCAGCUAUAUAAACCAAAAAAAGAACGAGAUAAAUAAGAAACAGGAAGGAGCCAGGAAAUUACUCGUUGAAUUCGCAAGAGAAAUUGAAGCCAGUUGCCAAGGUAAGAAGAGGAGAAUCCUGAGAAAACCAGAACAGCGCGCUAGCACGUCGACUUCUUCAUGUACUGGACUGUUGUUGUACCGGACAUUCGCUGCUACCUGGGGUCUCCAAGGAUUGGAAAAGGACUAAAAUAAGUCAAAAAGCUAAAGACCUCUGAGCUAAGUCGACUUCCUUAAAAAGAGAAAAAUACUUUCUGAACACAAUGGGGUCGGGGUUAUGGGGAGCAUGAACUAGAAAACUACAAAAAAAGCUUUGAUAUGAUUUGAUUACCAUAAUUUAAAAUUCUGUAGGGUUAUAUAGACAUCCGAUUUGUUUCAUUCGCGGAUGAGCCAGUUUUGGAUGCGGCUACUAAUGCUAGCCAGUUCAGAAGAACAAAAUUCCAAAGAAGCCAUUUGCAUGAUUAGCCUUAUCCUCUACCCUAACCGUGCUCCGCGGUACCAGGUAAUUGUACUUGACAGGCCACAUUUAUAUGAAGCCAAGCGUUGUCCGGGAAGGAAUACAUUGACUCGCAUUAGCAUAAAAAAGGCCAAUUUAUAACAUUAACAUUUAAUUUCUUCUUCGCAACAAAGAAUUAACAUGCAACUUUGAUGUAUCAAUGUGCGGUUUCAAGCAAGCCAAAGAUGACAAGUUUGAGUGGACCCGAUACAGGCGAAACACAAGUUCUUCCGUUAAAGGACCUUCCUCUGAUCACACCACUGGAAACAUGACAGGUGAACUCUAAACUAAUAACAACAAGCCAGACCUGCUAUUAGCAAAAACAGUUAAAAUGUAUUAACUCACUAACUGUAAUUUGCAUAAAGCCUAGGCCCCAAAGGUCGUUUUUAUUUUUCUUGAGACGAGCCAAACUUAGUGAGUUAAGUUCAUGAAAAGUUCGACUUCGGGCUCAGUUGAUUUCGUCUGAAUGAGUUUAGAUCGUCCAACACGUUCUGUGCGACUGCUUCAGACGGAUAGAACGUCUGAAGAUCGUCUACGGGACAAACUAGCGUCGAUCUUCACAGAGGAAAUUUCAAUCAACUUUAUUCGUAACUUUAGAGAAAACAAAGCAAUCCUUCAUAAUUUGCAAUUACAUGUUUUAAAACAAAAAUAGACAGCUAAACCGCAGAAGUGAAGUGAAAAGACACCAAAAAAAAAAAAAGAAACAAACAAAAAAAAAAAAAUAACAAAAAAAAAAAAAAAAAAUAAAAAAAAACAAAAAGAAAAUAUUAAAAAUAAUAAGCAGCCAAAAAAUAAUUACUAAAAAAGAAAGUACUUUUAAAAGGAUUGAGGAUUAAAAAAAAAAAAACGAAACAAACAAAAAACAAAAAAUAACAACAACAAAAACAAAAACUAGAGCAAAACAAAAAGGAAAUUUUACAUAUUGUGAGCGCCCCAAAAAUUAUUUCUAAAGAAGGAAGUACUUCUGAAUGGACUGAGGUUUAGAUAUUAGUGGUAUUAAGUAGCAUUUUCAUUUGGAAUGAAGGGGAACGCAGUCACAUCAAGCUAAGAGUCUAUUUUAAGGUGUUUCGAUAUAACAGUUUUUCGGAGACCAUACCGAUGUUUUUCAGUCCCCUUAAAAUAAUAUACCAAAAUUUCUUAGCAUCGUAAAAUGAUGUUAAGCAGCCUUCUGACGCUACUUAAGAUUUAUUUGAGUUGUUUAGAACUUUUUUUAUUAAAAAAUGUAUCACUGCUAUUGAAAAUGUAAGGUUUGAAAUAUAUUUACGUUUUAUUUGAAUUCAAAAAUACAGAAUAAUUUUUUACUUGUCACGGAAUUUAUUUGCUAAACACCACGCUUUAAGUUUCUGGUGUCGGAUUUUCUGUAGCAGGUUUAUAUCGCACAAAAUUCGGAUUUUAUCGAUUUUGAAGUUUUUUGUUUAUUGUUGUCAUAGUGACAUCGAUUUUGCUAAAAGCUGCAUUUUGACAAACUUCAAUUCAUAGUCAAUCACUGGUGAAAAUUUUAUAGCGAUCAGACAAGGUAAAAACCACUUUUAAGGCGUUUGAAAAAUAUCGAUAUGACCUCUGAAAAACUGUAUCGAAACACCUUAAGCUGAAUAGUUAACUUGUAUAUAAAUUCAGAUGCCAUAGCUAUCUUUUGCAUUGUUUCGCCUGCGUAGUAAGACGUAAGUCCUUUAUCUGUUGAUUGAAUAAAUUCAAUUUGGAGAGGAUUUAAAUUUCUGCUUCUGGCAAAAGUUUCCUGUCAUGUCGAGUGCGGUCAUGAUUGCAUCGUUUGAAAAGUAUUCCGUGCUCGCUCUCGUCGCUGGUCGACAGAAGCACGGUUCUUUUGCUCCUUUUUUGCAUCAGGAGAAUUUGUCUCCUCGUCCGCGGAAAUUUCAAUUAGAUUUUCUAUUCGACCGAGGGUCUUAAUGGGGUGGUGCCUUUUACGGUUAUCGGCUAAAGUUUUGGGUCUUUUACGGCUAUCGGUUAAUUUUUUUCAGUUACGGUUAACGAAAACGUUAAAAAUUAGCUUCCUUUGUUUCAAAGAGUUAAAUAUUAAUAAGCCUAUAUUUUUUGCAUCUUUAAAGCAAAAUAGAGGUAUUAGGAUUAUCUCGGGAUGAGAUAAGUUAUUCUUUUGAUAAAUUGUAGUAUUUGAUAGAUCAUACUUUUAAAGAACAGUCGAACCUCCAUGUGCGUCGCCCUCUGGUAAGCGAUCACCCUCUUAUAAGCGACCGCCAAUCCAAAACACCAAAAUUUCUUAGUCAAAGCCUUACAGUUGGACCCUUUAGUAAACGACCAUCUCCUGUAAGAGACCGCGACCACUUUUUGGGCCUGGAAGUUUAAAAUGACUUUCCAUUAUUUUUAACCUCUUGUCAGCGACCACUUGAGGCAUACUCUGAUCUCUAUGUGUUAGCUCUGUGCACUUUGCUACUUAGAAUACACGAAGAACUUUAGCAACAACAUGGAACUACACAUGGCGUAACUUAGAAAUUGCAUACAAUAAAUUAUCUUCCAUAAAGUAUAUGUGCCCGGACCUCUUCUCGAAAGAGGCCCCCUGUGGCUCGAUUCUUGUGAGCGACCACCUCCCGUAAACGACCGCCAAGUCUUUGCAUUUUGGGUGGUUGCUCACGGGAGGUUCGACUGUAUUCCACUUCUAAUAUAUAGAUUUAUCCAGGCUAAAAGCGAGGCUCCCAUUAAUAAAAGCUAUAAUUUAAAUCAAACAAUAAACUUGUAUUCCACAAUUCAGUUAACUUUAGAGAACAUAGCACGUUCAUGUGACUUUUGAAGGAAAGACUAAGUGAUUUUAGAGAAAAAAUAAUUUGCAAACAGCCCAAGAGUGAACCAAAUCUUACAUCGAGUUGAUAGCCUCAUAUGUGCACCCAAAAAAUAGCAAUCAUCUUCGAUCACAUUUAAGAGCUAUGAUGGCUCUUGAUCACCGUAGAUUAAUUAGGCCUGGAAAAAAAAAAAUCAGGCCGAAUUUUUUGCUUUCGGCAAGUUGACUUUACAAAAUCUUGCCAACGAAUCUGGGUGGGUGUAAACCAGCCUUUUAUACCAUUUAUACAUCACAUCUGAGGUAAAACAGUACUAUGAGAUACUGUUCUUAUCAUACAGACCUUGGACAGAAUGCAGUAUUUCACAAUUUUGCAAUACUAAUAAUAUACACGAAAAAAUUACUCAAUUCUGAUUGGCUGAGAAAGGAGUGCAGUUCUUCUGUAAGACGAGUGCAAAUUACAAAUGGUUUCUGAUUGGCUGAAAACACAAAAGAAACCACCAAGAACCAAUCAGAUUAGAGCUGCUUUAACAACAAAAUUCAAGAAAAUGGCCAUGGUUUUCAGCAGACGACGACAGGAUUUAAUUUUGUACGCAAAAUAACAACAGAGAAGUUAAAAAAUAUUCCAAAAACCCGAAUACAGUAAAAAGUACGUCUUUCUGGCUAAAUGUACUGAAAAUGCGGUGCUAAGAGGAAAAUACUGUCAACAAAAUCGGGGAAAGUAAGCCAGAGAAACUAAAAAACAAGAUACUUAUAACAGACUACGCUAAAGCAAAAAAAUAAAGAACAAAAACGGUUGCAACCACACGCAAACCAUGACAGCUACACUUUUAAGGCAUUUAAAUGAACAAGGAUACAAGUUUUCCAUGAUAAAAACAGGGAUUUCAAGUCACGUACGUUAUUUGUUUGAGGAGAAAAGUGUCCGGUUGCUCUCUUUGAGUCUUUUGUGGAGCGAAGACCUCUAUUAAAACAUCCAUGCGAUGGUCUGUUUUUUUUCUACCUCAGUACCAAACGAAACCGAAAAUUUAAACAUCUGGUCCAAACUAAACCAAUGGGCGAAAAUACCAUAACUAACAUAAUGAAAGUAUCCGUAGCUGUUACUAGCCUUAAAGAAAGUGAGAAAAGAGUUUACGAAUCAUUGUGCAAGAAAAACAACACUCAGGAAGCUGAAGAAAGCAAAGAUUGUAAGUUCAGCACAUAUUACCAAUGUCACAGACCACAGAGGUAUAAACUUCCUUAACGACUACGACAAAACCGACGAAGAAGAGCUACGAUGACUCUUGCAGUAGGCCAAAUGAAAUAAUGAAAACCCCAGCGUUGAGAAAAAGCAAAUAUUAUAUUAAUACUGGCAGUUUCCGACAUAACAACAACUGCGGCUCCACUCACCCAUCGAUGACAGCGUGGGAAGAAAACAAAUUGCCUCCUUCAUUUUCGGGUUUGAAAUCUCAAAAAAUUCUCCAUGAAUUCAGCUGUGAUGGGGUCUCAGGAACAGACAAUGAUGAACAGUCGUUAAAAAAAACCUUAGCAAGUGUCUUUCAUCUCUGCAGGCUGCUCGAAGCGUUCUCCUGAUUUCAAAACGACAGUAUACUUCUUGUAAACGCUUCUUGUAAACGCGGAGCUCUCAUAAUGGAGGAUGAAUUUGAAAACACUUACUUUAAUUUGCUAAUUAUUGUAAACCGAGUUAUCUCUAACAGGCUGGUGACCAUAUAAAAUCAAUCCUUGCUCAUUUCCAAGUUCUUAGCUGAAUGAUUUUGAAAGUGUUGGGCUUGAAAAAGUUUGAAUUUGACAAAGGUAGUAGUCUGUUUCUACGGAAGCUUAUAGGUGCCAUUCGACAUCCAACAUCCGAGAUGCGACAUCGGACAUCCAAGAUUCGACAUCCGACGUUCCACAUCCGAGAUUCGACAUCCGACAUCCGACAUCCGAGAUUCGACAUUCGACAUCCGACAUCCGACAUCCGAGAUCUGACAUCUUACAUCCGACAUCCGAGAUUCGACAUCCGACAUCCGACAUUUGAAAGGAUGGCCGUGAAGUGUAGUGCCUGGGAUCAAGGGACCUACGAAGUGAGGUUUGAAAGGAAACAAUUCUGGUUUUGCUUAAUAUUUUCAUCAGUUUGCAUUGUUGCGAAUGCGUAUUACCCCGGUAUGCUCCUUCAUUAGGAAACGUGCAGCGAAGUCGUAUCCUUUUCAGGUCUGUACGAUGAAUUUAAACCAUUUGCUCUUGCACAUUUAAUUUUGUGCUUGUAAGUAAUAUGAUAAUUUCAAGACAUAGCAGGCUUUAAUCCGUUAAAUUUGGAAUAUUUUAGGGCUUGUUUACAUGGAGGUGGGGGACCUCAGGUAGGUGAGGUAACCCGCUUAGGCGGGGUAAAAAAAUAACUCCCCUUUACAUGCAAUCUUACAACCCCGCCAUCUCGGGGUGCACUUUCUCGAGACUAUUGAAUGGUCGCUAAGCACGUGAACAAGAAAAAUGCUGGCAAACCACGUGUUUUGGCGAUUAAUGCUCUUCUACACUCACUUGCUGCUGUUGCUGCAACCUUCAGUGCUGUGGCUUUCUAUUGUUACCUUUAAUAAUGAUGCAAAGCCACCGCCAAAGUGGAUUUUGCGCGAAUUUGAUGUAUUCCGAAUCCGACCACGGCUAGGCGGGUUACCCCCACCUUGAAACGUUUACAUGGCAAAAUUUGACCUCGGCUGAGAGGGUUACCCGGUCUGGCAGACCGGCCAACCCACCUUGGCGGGGAACCCCACCUAACAUGUAAACGUGAUCAAUUUAAAAUGAGAGAUUGUGUGGACAGGUAGGUUACCUCACCUACUUGGGGUCCCCCACCUCCAUGUAAACAGGCCCCGAAAACAUUCCAAACUUAACGGAUUAAAGCCUGCUAUGUCUUGAAAUUAUCAUAUUACUUACAAGCACAAAAUUAAUUGUGCAAGAGCAACUGGUUUAAAUUCAUCGUACAGACCUGAAAAGGAUACGACUUCGCUGCACGUUUCCUAAUGAAGGAGCAUACCGGGGUAAUACGCAUUCGCAAACAAUACAAAAUGAUAAAAAUAUUAAACAAAACCAGAAUAGUCCUCAUUAUUUCCUUUCAAACCUCACUUCGUAGGUCCCUUGAUCCCAGGCACUACACAUCACGGCCAUCCUUUCAAAUGUCGGAUGUCGAAUCUCGGCUGUCGGAUCGAUGUCGGAUGUCGAAUCUCGGGUGUCGGAUGUCAGAUGUCGGAUGUCCAAUGUCGGAUGUCUGAUGUUGGAUGUCGGAUGGCACCUAUAAGCUUCCGUACUACGUGUUUCAGCCAAUCAGUUGAAUGAACUAAAAACGCACGCGCUGUUAAGAUAUAUGGUAUCCGUGUAUAUUAUUAAGCAAAGUACCCAGCUUUUUGAGAAAAAUCCACUUUUCAGCAUAAAACAACCAAAUCUGUCUAUUUCAUAUAAAAUCAGGUGAAAAAGUUGGUAAAAGGCGAUUUUUAGGUUUUUUGAUUACUGGCUCCUGCACUUUUUUUGGUCUCUGAAAAAUUUACUCUUGCUUAAUUAUUUAUUCCAAAUUGCACUCGAAAUCAUGUGAUUACCUAUAUAGAGGGGAGAGGAACGGUUUAGGGAGGAGGGAUAAACGGCCAAAAAAGAUAGGGAGGAGGGAGAAAGGAAGCAAAAAAAAUAGGGAGACGGGAGAACCAGCUUAAAAAGGGAGGACGGAGAAUGUUCUUUUAAAAAAAAAUGUGACAUGAAUGUUUAAGGCCUUAGUAGCUCUUAAUUCAAGGACCUUACUGACUCACAGAUGACGGCAGCUUUGGCCACGAGCUGCAAGUUAAAGUGUAUGUAAGAUUUCUCGCAUGUAGUCUCAACAAUUUCUUGCCCUCCCCUUGUGAGUCUUGUGAGGUCAUCAUUUGUACAUCGUACCCAGUCUUGGCCGAGCGGUGAUGACAGCACUGAUCUGUCUGAAUUCCGGGCUUUUGUUACUUCUUUUGUUUAGCGUCGGUUUUCGCGAAUCUGAAGUUUUCGGAGUUUUUUGAGUAUCAAGGUGAAUGAAUGUUAUUUUCAUGUGAAAGCCGUUUUUCGGUGUUACUGAAGAUUGUUUUGAAAUUGAAUCUCGAAAGUCUCCUUCCUUGUUUAUUAUUAUUAUUAUUAUUAUUGUUAUUAUUAUUAUUAUUAUUAUUAUCAUUAUUAGUUGUAGUAUAAGGCUAAACUAACGCUGCAUGGUUUAUGACCUAACGCUGAAACACCAGAAGAAUUAACACCCAGCAAUGUGAAAUAACGUCCACAAGUUCGGGGAAUUACACCCGAUGCAUAGAUUUAUUUAUAGUAGUAAGUAGUAGCAAGUAGUUGUGAGUAACCAUUCUGACCGUUAUACGGUAGUUAAAAUAAAUGUUGUAAACAUCAAAGCUUCAAGCUUACGUGACAAAACCGAAAGGUAGUAUGGGAAGAACGAGAUAUAACGACAUGACAAACGUGUUUCGUACGUGGAAACGAGGCACUGCGGUGAAGUAGCAAAUAAAAUAAGCCUCUUAAAAGACUUAUCAGGGAGAAACGGCCGAAAAAAAUUAGGGAGGAGGGAGAAAAAUAGGGAAAAAAUAGGGAGAAUAGAAACUUAACUGCCCGUUCCUCUCCCCUCUAUACAAAUUGCACUCAUUCAUGCAAUAUUCAGGACGAUCGAAGCGCGCGUGGGCUAAACCGUUAAAAAAAUGUCCAAAAUCACCUAUACGGCCAGCCGGUUCUCACUUUUGCUGUGAGAGCUGUAGCGAGUGUUUGAACGAACAUAAAUAGCGUUAAGCUCCAACAUAAUAAAGAAUUUAUUAUGUUUAUUUUUUAUUUAAUGGUUUUAUCGAUGUGUAUUAAAUCUAAAAACUACUCCACGAACUACGGUUUCUUAAGACAAAUUAUAUCGGCUGAUGAUGUGGUCUCUGAUGCAUUUCGAUGACAUAAUAAACAAAAUGAAGGGGUUACAGGAACAUGCAGUGCAAACUUCUACUUGUUGAUCCUGCAUGUGCAAUCAGGCUCAGCAGGAGAAAGGUUCUUUUCAGCGGCUUGAAAUUUAUAAACAUGACUCCGCUCAACAAUGACUAAAGAAAGGUUCAGUAACCUGAUAGUUCUAAACAGCCACAAAGAGAGAACAGCCAAAUUUGCCUCUACGCCACCCCCCCCCCCUUCCCCCCCCCCCCAAUUCAAAAAAGGGGGUCAUCGGCCCUCCCCCUUUAAAAAAUGCCCCGCGGGCCCUGAUUGGGUUCUAAUUUAUCCGAAACCAAUGCAAUGGAGAGCACAACAGUGGUUUGGUUCCUUUUAGAAANUGGUCUCUGAUGCAUUUCGAUGACAUAAUAAACAAAAUGAAGGGGUUACAGGAACAUGCAGUGCAAACUUCUACUUGUUGAUCCUGCAUGUGCAAUCAGGCUCAGCAGGAGAAAGGUUCUUUUCAGCGGCUUGAAAUUUAUAAACAUGACUCCGCUCAACAAUGACUAAAGAAAGGUUCAUUAACCUUAUAGUUCUAAACAGCCACAAAGAGAGAACACCCAAAUUUGCCUCUCCGCCCCCCCCCCCCCCCUUCCCCGCCCCUCCAAUUCAAAAAAGGUGGUCAUCGGGCCUCGCACUUUAAAAAAUGCUCCGCGGGCCCUGAUUGGAUUCUAAUUUAUCCGAAACAGAUGCAAUGGAGAGCACAGCAGUCGUUUGUUGCUUUUUAGAAAACGUGAGUUCUUCGAUACAUUUUCUGUAAUCCGACCAAAAAAAAAAAUACAUAUAAUGUAUGGAAGAAGUCAAAUUUUCUGAAAAGUGAGAAAGGUCGAGCGACGACUGCUGUGCUCUUCACAUUUCGAGUAUAGUUUCUUUCAGUUCAAGAGUUAAAAUUAGGAAAAAAAUAAGUUCACUUUGAACCCCCAUACAAACUUUUGAUUUCCCCGCCGUCUUUUCCUGGAUUACCCAGCAUGCCGUUACAACCGUGAAGGGGUCUGUUAAAACCUCAAACCUUUGGCGCGAUAACUUCUAUAACCGUUACGGCAGUCAGACUUCAAAUGUUUGGGGCGAAAAUUGAUGUUCAUGUUCACGUGAAAGUGGAGAGUGUAGCUAAAUGUCGUGGGUCGUGGGUCGUGGGUCGUGGGUGUGGGUGUGGGUGUGGGUAAAUGUCGCGGGUAAAAAAAGUAUAGAAAAAAUGAUUAAGUAAAGUAAUUAAAAAAAGGAAAUAAAUAGAAAAAGGUUGUAAAAUAUUCAUGAAACGAAAAUCUCAACCUCCUUAAUUGCCUUUUUCGUCACGACUUCUUCGUCCUCUUCCUGAUAUUUCCUUAGCUACGUGGGACUUGGCUCCCCUUUCACAACAUCACUGUAUAAAAGGCAUGUUGCCGAUGAAGAUUUAUCCAUACCUGAGCUAUCGCCGCGAAAUAAACGAAACAGACGUAAAUAAUACCUGCAAUUUGCAGAAAGUAUGAGACAGCUCUGAAUCGCUGAAUGGAAAUAGCUGCUCUUUAUUAAUCUUUAUUCGAUCUACAAUUCCAAUGAUCAGCAAAGAUGUUUUAACACUAUGGAGUGCGAUCACAGUGAGAAAGGGGAGAGAAAAAGGACAAUUUGAGGUAUUUCAUAUCUUUGGAUAGAAGUCUUUCUUAAAGAAGUUUUAGGUCUCUUACCUUACGAAGGAACUACCAUCAUUCCUAACCUUUCAAGUUAAAGACGCGAGACUGUAUGUAAAGUUUAUUGCCGUACGGAAAUACAAUUUUCUCGAUCCUUUUUUGUUUUGUUUUGCUUACAAAAUCUUUGCUGUAACGAUCCGACAUAUCAUUCCUUAAACUGAAAGGACGUUUCAGUCACGAAUGUUGACAUCUUUGAGAAAAAGCUGUUCAGUCUCCAGUUUUUCCAUAGCUUGCUUCAGGUUUACAUAGUGUAAAGAGUUUCUUUCGGUGAUUUUUCACCUGAAUGCCUUUUUAGUGUCCGUUUGUACUAAAGGAUUCGCGGGGAAGAGGAAUAGGACUGGUAUGCGUACGCGGAGAUUUUCGUUUCAUGAAUUUUACAACUUUUUGCUAUUUAAUUUUUAAUUUUUUACUUUGUUUGGAAGACUUUUUUUUUCACCCACGACAUUUACCCACACCCACACCCACGACCCACGACCUCUACCCACUACCCACGACCCACGACAUUUAGCUACCCUCGCAGACGAACCUUCGCCGCACACGCGCGAACUCAGUUCGCCGGUCUUAAAGUUUGUAGGUUUCGUUGGCGCGCUCUCAACCUCCCAACCUGCAGCGUGUUAUUUUUAGUUCUACUGGGAAAUUUUUUAGUGUGCACUUCGCUGGUUAUUUUUCCUCUCUGUAUCCUAACAGGAUGAAUCUUUUUGUAGAAGCAAAAAAGUUCAUUGACUUCAUUUCAUGUUCCGUUGACAUAAGGCUGAGCAAUUCAGGCGAAAUAUUUAAGAACAAGUUUAUUAUGUUUCCAGUCUAUAAUUUCUUUAAACUGAUCUCAGUCUUUUCUGGUUAUGACAUAUCUAGUACAACGAGAACUAGAUGAUAUAACAAAAUUGGACAAUCCUCAAUUGAAAAUGUUUAACGAGGAGUGCAGCUACGCUCUCAGCUCUAGAUGUCUGCUCAUUUCUGACAGCCCCUGUGAAAAUAGGGCCAUUUGGCCCUAUGAUUGAAAAAGCCGUAAAAACAUUUAGCCACUUCCGAUCGCCCCCAAAUUUGGUUCACAGGAAGUAGAAAGGUUAAGCCAAUACACCGUAUUCACAAAUGGCGGACACGCGGGAAAAAACUGGUGCCUAGUCAUGAAACCGAGGCGUUGGAGGAUAAACAAAAAUUGCAAAUGAAGACUUUCAGUGAACUUGCAGAGUGUCAAGCGCGGAUUCCACCUAAAAUAACUUUGUACGGACUUCUUUUUAAAUACAAUUACGUGGGAUGUCUUCUGCCUUUAAUAUUUAGUAGUGAUUUUCUGUUUGCAAUCAAAAGUGACGCGUAUAUCUUCAAGGAAACAGGAUGAUUUUGUAGGUAUCCGAAGCAUCAGAAGCUCGACAAGUGGGCGAUCGCCGGAGAAAAGCGGCAAAAUGUUGGCCCAAACUUCACAUUGAAUCCGAGUACGAAAGCCAGAUCACUACAAUUCUGUAAAACGGAUUAAAAACAGAUAUUGGUGGCGAGAAAAAGAGAAAUAAGCGACGGAUAUAUGGCCUACUUGUUAACGGAAGAGACCUCCGCCAUUACACAAAACAGGUCAAGUCGAGAGCGGGUGAAAGAUUCAUUCACAAGGCUCAUUUAUUCAUGUCAGUGUCUUUUUAUACAUAUCUAUGUAUGUAUGUUUGUGUGCAUUUACAACUUCCUCUGGAUCAUAUUAAUUUCGUCGCUUUGGAGUGAAUUGUCACUGAGGUACGUUGGCAUAGCUUAGUAAAAAAUCUCAUGACUUCUUUGUCAUUGCGAAAUAAUUAAAAAUAAUUUUAUUAAAAUUAGAAGCUGUACUGUGUGAAUUUUAUGGCUUGCUAUUUGCCUGGUCUCCUUUAGGGCAUUAUCUCAGAGAGCUCUUGGUAAAAAAGUAGAAUAAAGCUUACAUUUUACUAGGUUAAACUUUUAAGGCAACGUUUGUGUCAGGAAUGAACACGGCAAGCUUCUGAUUCGAGUCUGGAUCUGUUUAAGAAGACCAUCAUUUUAUUUAUUUAUGUAUUCUUCAACUUUAAAAUAUUAUGAAACAUUAAGUUAAAACUCUUGACAGCCAAAGAUAAGAAAUACGAAAUUACUCGCUGAAAUGAUAUGUGGCCGGCUUACCGAGUCUGCCGCGUAACAUGUUGAAAUUUUGAGCGUACUCCACUCGAUCGCUCCUGCAUUUAUACUUAAAAAAUAGUUCUAAUUGAUGUCCUUCAUCGAUAAAGACCAGAGAAUAACGUCCUGGCAAACAAAAACCAAACAUAACUUCAUCGAAACCUCAGUCACCUCUUCUGUCCUGUCUUCCUUUUUUCCAUCUCGACUUGAACUCACUGUGUUUCAGUUCAACGGCAGACGUCUCUUGCGUUAACAAGUAGGCCAUAUAUCUGUCGCUUAUUUCUUUUUUUUUCUUGCCACCAAGAUUUGUUUAUAUUUCUGUUUCACCGAAUUGCAGUGAGCUGGCUUUCGCACUCGGUUUCAAUGUGAAGUUUGGGCCAACAUUUUGCCGCUUUUCUCCGGCGAUCGCCCACUUGUCGAGCUUCUGAUGCUUCGGAUACCUACAAAAUCAUCCUGUUUAUAUUACUUAAAGAUGUACGCGUCCCUUUUGAUUGCAAACAGCAAAUCACUGCUAAACAUUAAAAGCAGAAGACAUCCCAAGUAAUUGUAUUUAAAAAGAAGUCCGUACAAAGUUAUUUUAGGUGGAAUCCGUGCUGAACACUCUGCAAGUUCACUGAAAGUCUUCAUUUGCAAUUUUUGUUUAUCCUCCAACGCCUCGCUUUCAUGACUAGGCACCAGUUUUUUCCCGCGUGUCCGCCAUUUGUGAAUACGGUGUAUUACAGAGCCAGUUUCAGAUCCCAACUGUUGAUAUGCUUUACGCAAUGAUGUCAGGUUAAAUCUGAGAAAAUGGAGGGCGACCUGGUAAAUAAAUUGUGGCAGCUUUGGUCAUCAAGAAAUGCUUUUAGCGACCAAUUUCGACCAAAUCUGUCCUUCACAGUGAAUUUCAAAGCUUUUUGGAUCAUGGUAAAUAAAUGUAAAAGUCGAGGUAAUAUAAGAAAAGGUAUAUAACAAUAGCGUGCUCUUCGCUAUGAGUUCAAUCUGCUACACAUGUUCAGUAAAUUCAAUGAAAUAUUGCUUCUUAGUUUGGGUUUAUACCGUCAAAGCCUUGCUUGUUUUCAUAAAUAAAGUGUUUGAAUUCAUAUGUAUGUGUCAGCUUGAUUUAUAAAUGAAAACAUAAGGAUAACAGACAUUUUCUACAAUAAAUUAUAUAAAAUUCUGCAUCGUUCAAUCUUUUUAGCCGAUUGUUGAUUGUUGCUAGAUAACAAGAGAGAAAAAUGUUAUUUUAAACCUUACGCUCAAUCCAAGUAUUAAUAUCACAAAAUCUCAUUUUAUAUUUGAAUUUUGAGAAAAUGUAUCUUGUAAAUUUUUUCAGUGAAGUAUUAUGGGCGUCCAGAGAGCAACUUUUUUUUUGGCAGUUUAUUGUAUGCCCUUUCAAAUGAGCUAUAGCUUUUUAAGCUUGGGUAAAUAACAGUGGAGAUAUAAUUUUUUUUAAAUGUAUAGUCAAAUUUGCUGUUUGCUCGCCUGUCAGAAAGCUGCUAUUCUCUAUCCAUCUUCUCUUCAAAGGUUAUUACAUGUACAUAGAAGCAUCCAGUCCACGUCAACCAGGUGAUGAUGCAAAAUUGUACAGUCCUCCACUGAAGUUCCUUGGGAUUAUGUGCCUUGAAUUCUAUUACUAUAUGUCUGGUGCAUCUAUUGGAAGCCUGAACGUUACCAUAAAUGAAACAGUAGUCUUCUCUGCUAAUGGUGAUAAAGGAGACGUAUGGAAUAAGGCCAGUAUAAAUAUAUCCUCAAUUGUGGGAUCGCAGCUGGUAAGCAUUAAUGAGACAAUCACUAAAUAACGACCCUGAAAACGGUUUCUCUGAAAGAGGUAACUUUUAAAGGAAAAAAGCGAUAGGAAUAUUUUUGUUCCGGAAGGGCCCUACUCUAAGGUUUACACGGCGAAGCGGAUUAUUUGUUCACGUUGAAAAUUUAUUUUAAUUUGGUUUUCGCGUCUAAAUUCUUCAAAUCUUUAUUUAUGUUAUGAGUCUUAUCUGUAUUUGACAGCAAAAUAAGUAAAAAAGGUAAAAGCGUAGACUUGGUUACUUUAGUUCGUUAUGACUCCCCCGCCGCCGACUUCAUCUUACCGUUAGAGGGCAGUUUGGGGGGAAAUGAAGCUAAUUUGGGAAGGAAAUAAAUUAGGGUGAAGAAAGGUAACAUACACCUGAUAAACCCGUUAGUCAGCUAAUAGGCUUAGAAACCAUUAAUCUCGUACCCAGAUUUCUUGUUAAGGAAGCCGGAGGCGAGGGUCAAAUCCGAAUUGUACACAUGAUUGCCUGUCAGGAUUGCGUGACAGGCAAUGCUCGAAAUCACUCUCAAAAUCGCCGCUUUUUGACGUGUUUAACAACGAAUUUGAUAAAGCGUGCAGUUUUUUUAAAAUCUGUAAAAACCCCUAAAUCCAAUCUUUGUUAAUUUGCCAAUUGUUUUAAAAUUUAUACCCUAGCCUUCCCUAAUUUUUGUACAUUUAAAACAUUUGAAUAAUCUUCUAAAAAGUUUUCAAAAAAUUAUGGGACCAAGGUCUCAAAACUGAGUCAUUUUACGAUUGAACAAAAUAGUGGCUGACAUUUAAAGAAAAAGAGACUAUAAAUAAAAAACAUAUAAAAUGUAACUUAUGUAACUUAUGUAUCAUAAUUCUUCUUUUCAAGGUGGAUAUGCAUUGCUAUAAGAGAUUUCCUUGGGGCUUUCUUCAAGAAUUGCUAUUUUACGUCUAUUUAUAUAAAGUACUCCUUCUAACUGUAUGGCUUAACUUUUCAUUAUUUGAAAAACUAAUGAGUCUUGUCAAGAGCCAUAAUCUCUUGGUCUUGUAAAGUCAAUAGAGAUAUAAUUAAAAUUCAUACUUGGGUGAGAGGCUUAGGGGCAUAAAACAGCGGAAAUCAUCUCGAGCCGCCAGCAAUGAAUAAUACGUUUCUUUUGUUUCAAUCCUCCAAGCCUCAGCACCAUCGAGCCAACAGACCUCAGAGAAGAUCUAAAAAUAUCUUAAGAGGGAUUACGAUGGGUAUAGUGCCUAUAUGGGGGAUUAAUUCUGUUAGCCAGUUUAUCCUCUCUUGUUUUAAAAUAUCAAGAAUUGUCUUUUAUAAAAGCCUUUCUUUUGGGCUUAUUACCUACAAUAUCAUGUUUUUGACAGGUAAUAUUUGAAGGCGUAGUUGGCAGCAGUUACACUGGUGACAUAGCAAUUGACGACUUCUCUUUGAAAGCAGGGUCAUGUUUUUAUGGUGAGUACUGAAUAAUUGCACAUCAGUCACCUAUUUUAAGCUCAGGCAGACCACCCUCUGUUCGUGUGGCAGUUGUUGUGAGCAUCGAUAUUUUGUAUACUUAAUUAAUACAGAUUCAAUUAAAUCUAAAUGUUUACAUAAAAAUUCAAGCAUUGGACGGUGAAAGAAAAAAAAUAUAAAAAACAUAACAACGAAAUGACCAAGUUAACAUUUCGCUUGAAUUUUUAUUGAAACAUCUAGGUUCAAAUCUGUAUUUUAGACAACGUAUAUCUGUAUUUCUCAUUGCUCAUCGGACAGUGAAAAAAGGUUUUUUUCUGUGGGCUGGUUAACAACUUCUUGUAAAAAAUAUUUACGGCAAAAGUCAAACUUAAAACUUUCGCUUUUGGGGGAAACUUUUAAGCAAUUUUAUUUAUCUAAGGGCAACUUUUGAGCAAGGUUUUCUGAUAUUUUGAGUCUUUUUUAACUGAAUUUGAAGCAUCUUUAGUAGAGUUUGAAUGGGGUUUAGUGUUUAGUGUUAUUUGCUCAUAAUUUUUAGUGUUUGCUGUUAAAUUGGUCAAUUUUUUAGUGUUUGCUGUUUCCGAAGGAAAUACUGUUAAAUGUUUGGAGGGUUCUUCAGACAUCUUCGGUAAUGGUCGACCCUCUUCGAUUCGUUAGUCUUCGAAAAUCUUUGGCAGUCUUCGGGAAUCGUAGGUGGCCUUCGGAAAUCUUCUGAAAUAAUCCGGAUUUGUCGUAAAAUGACUUGUUGAUAUACUAAACAAAACAAUAUUGGCCUUUUUGGAGCCGUUUUUUGCGUCUUCUUCCUGGGAAAAAUUUGCUGUUUCAAAGAAUUUUUUUACCGUUAGUGUUAAAAUGCCUAAAAUUCAUUUACUGUUUCAUGUUACAAAGCCAAAACAGUGAGGUGUUUAGCGUUAUGGAGGUACUCCCAUUCAGACCCAUUGCAACAAUAGAAUGUGGAAAGAUUCGGCAAAAACCUGGCUAUACAGUUAAUGAAGUGCCGCUAACCAAGAAUAUACGCGGGCUCCUUUUGUCGCCCACAAUAAUUCAUUGCUAAGGCUCCACUGGCGGCCCACAGUCUUUGGGAGUAAAACAGCAAAACAAAAACACAUUAGGUAAGUCAUUUUUAUUUCUAUUUUUGUCAAAAAAAUGGAAUUGUUGGUUUUCAGUGUCACGUCAUUCAAAAUAGAUCAAAAUAAAAAUCAAAACUGUCCAAUAGAUAGAGUCCAGAAUCUGGGAAAUGAAAGGAGGUACAUAUACAAAGACCCUCGCCAAGAUUCAGGUCAGAGGAAUAUUUCGUAUACGAGAUAUCCGAAAAAAUGUUUAUUUUACCCAAACUUAUAGAGAUUUGUAUGGAGACGCCAUGCUGGUGCUCACCUGGAUGAUCUCCAACAAGGCGGACGGAAACCAACAGAAACAUCUGUUACCGUGUUUGGCUACAAAAGGGUGCAUUUAUUCUUCGAGAAACUCAUAAACAUUAAAGUAAUACUUUUUCUAAUACAUGAACUGUUUAGAUAGCAAAAUGUCCUGAAAUAAGUCAUUUUUUUAACCUACAUGACAGCUCUCUUGGCCGUCAUGUAAAUGCCGCGUCACGCAAAAGCUUAGAAAUUCAAGCGUACUUUAUCACAAAACCAAGAACCCUUUUGAAGCGAAAAUUUGUAUGAAACUUAGUUUUCAGCUGCUCUAAUGCAUCGUGAAAGUAAAAUCUCGGUAGGAUCGAUAGUUUUUUAGUUUGAAUUUUCGUGACGUCAUGUGAAAACCAACAAUAUAUAAUUAGGACUUAUUUUGUUCAUUUUCAUACAUUCUCUUAUAUAUUCAAAGUCCAACGAACUCCCACAGAGUUUGGGCCGCCUGUGAAGCCCCCAAGGUGAUUUCUUUUGUUUGUUCUCUUAAGCCGGCUCUCAGCCAAGUAUGGAUUUUAAUAUAUCGAAAAUGCCCCCCCCGGGGGGGGGGGGUACUCCCUUAUAUGGCCUAUACGGGGAUGUGCCGCUCGACAGGGUAUGGUUUACGUCCUCUCUUUCCUAAACAGGGUAUACAAUGAUUUGAAUUUCGUGCAAGUCUGUCUUAAACAGGGGGUGCGAUUUCGCACAAGUCUGUCCUAAACUGGUGUGCAUGAUUUGCGCGAGUCUGUUCCAAUUAUUAACGGGGUGUUUCAUGCACGAUCGAUUUUCUUCUUAGUGCAAACGUUUGCAGAUAUCUAGUAAGUCAUCACCCAAAGCACUUACUGGAAUAAAUAUAUAAUGCUAUUGAGGGAGUUGUCCUAAACAGGGUGCUAAAAUUGAGAGUGUUGUCCUAAACAGGGCACUAUGUAUUUUAGGAAUGUCUUGUCUUAAACAGGGUCAGGGUUUCAAACCCUCAGCGGCUCACCUGUACCCAAAUAUUGGUCAAGUACCCCCCUCCCUAGGGGAAAUACAUGGUCUAUUUACUUAAGACUCAUUAUUCUUGCAAAACUAAUGAAAAAUUAACUUAACAGGGAAAAGGAGUAAUUUUAUAAAAUUAAUUUGAAAAGUCUCACUUAAAACAACAAUUUAAAAGAAAGCCCCAAGGAAACCUCUUUAGGCUGUACUUCUUUAGCAUGUUUAGUCUACGUGCGAACGGACGCAACCGACCUCCCAACAUUGCACGUACUUUAAUCAUGUUAAAGACUAAGUACAGUCAGUACAGUCGACUCCCGAUAACUCGAACCUUCAAGGGAAGUCGAGAAAAGUUCGAGUUAUCGGAAUUCGAGUAGUCAGGAGCUCGAAGCAAAUAACAGAAAACAAGGUAAUGAGAUGACGAAGGAAUCAUGCUCAAUUCACUUCAAGCGCAGAAAGACCUGAAAGACUUGGAGAUUAUCGGCAGGAUUUUUUUGCAGGUCACAGGUCACAGGUCACCUCUGUGGAAGCUCAAUUGGAGAACAGAGUGGUCUAGUAAUUGUAAACAAUCCCUGCGAUCGUACCUUUCACACCAGUUCAAAAACUCAUUAAUAAUUCAUAAAGGCAAAAAAAAAGACAACAAGAAAUUAAUGUUUUUAUAUCUGAUAAAGACAGCUAAACUUUACAUCUAUUUUUUAGACCAAAAUAGCACCAAAUUUAAAUGUUAGUGAAAGAGUAAGUCGAUCUAUAUCAGAGAUUUUUCAAUCUUAGAAUGCGUUUUUCUAAUGCCGCAAAGCAAAAUACUGUCAAACUGUCUUUUAUAAUAUCUUUGCUGGUCAGAAAAAAAUUCGUAAUAGAGAACAUUUAAGUGCCAUUUCACUCAUCAUAGAAUAGAUAAACGUAAAGUACACUUCAAUUUAGCUAAAACUGCAAACAUAUGUGUACAUUCUGUUUAAUUCUGUACGAUGAGAAAAUGUAGAUCGAUUCAACUUACUGAUAGCUAACGAUAAGAAAACGAGCAAGUGUUUUACACGCGUUUUUCCUCUAUGUAAAAAUCAACCUCGUCCCCAGGGCGCUUUUCCCUGGCUUUGGAGGUAGACUACGAGUAGUCCCCCAUUUUUCCUUAGGGAUAGUAGAGUGAGCGAAACGCGAGCGCGCGUGAAAAUCACCGCGUGUCGUCUUUUCUCGCGUGGGGUGAUUUUCACGCGCGCUCGCGUUUCGUUCGCACUACUAUCCCUGAGGAAAAAUGGGGGACUACUCGUAGUCUACUUUGGAGGUGGUCCGCCCCACCUCCAAAGCCAGGGAAAAGCAUCCUGGGGACGGGGUUGUGUAAAAAUCUUUCAAGUGUCUCUUUUUUUCAAGUGAGGUUAGGGGAGUGGGGCGAACACUAGUACUCCCUUUUCCGUUUUUUUGGGAGCAAAAUGAACUGUAAAUGUUAGGUUCCUAUGUUAGGUUUCCUGUGCACUAGCAGGGUUCUAUCUAGGGUAUUUGAGGGGUAGAAGCUUCCCCCCCAAAAUGCCCAGCUUCCCCCCAAAAAGUAUUGUUAUCAUUACAGUAUAUAAGUAACUAUAUCGAAAAAAUCAUCAAGACGCGACGAGGUUAGUGCACACACGGUAACAUUUCUCAAAAUUGUCUCAAAAUGCACCAGAUUGCAUCUCAGUGCAUAUUUAUUUCAAAAAAUUUCCGGGGGGGGGCGGACCCCUCGAGGAGGCUUGUCGCCUUCGGCCACUCAGGACUUCUCCCCCAAAUGAUAAAUCCUAGAUAGAACCCUGACUAGGCUUCAGUCCGUGCGAGGUUUUGACAUUCGAGAUUAGGUCAAACCUCGACACACAUGUUCUUUUCAUCGCUUCGUUUUUUUCGUCUUUUUUCGGAUGAGGAUUGUUUAACUGGACUCACGUAUCAAAGGUGUCGAUCAUUACGGAGUCAUUACGGAUAUUACAGUAAAAGGUUACGGACACGGACACUUGCUUGUUUGUAAGGAUUUCUUUAUGCGGUAUUGUAUUCGAACAGUGACUGUGUUGAGCGUAGUUGAUCGGAUCGAAUAAAAUGUGGAAUUGGCACCGAAUUGACGGCUGCUACAUAAAGGACGCAGCCUUUGUGUCCACAUCCCGUCUUUUAUUUCUGAGUGUAAAUAAAUACCAAUACAGAAGGAACUUGGAAAAUAUUCUGCAAGAUAUUCUUAGGCCCAGUUCAGACGUCGUGCUUCUGCCGUGCUGAACUUAAUUGUAAUUUGGUUCGACUGUAGCAAGGCAGGAAAACAACUUUGAUUCAGACGUCGUGCCAGAGUUGAACCAAAUUCAGGAUUCACUGAUGCCUCGUAACAAUUCUUCUCCCAACUCCCCGUGGGAACGCAAUCUCGCCAAAAUACAUUAAUAUAAUUUAUGAAUUUUGUUUAGCGCGGCAGAAGCACGAUGUUUGAAUCGCUGCCGUGCCAGAGCCGUGUACCAUGGCAGCGCUUGUCGAACUUAAUUGCUUGCCGAACUUAAUUCAAAAGUUUGAUUCAGACGCCGUGCUUCUGCCGUGCUUUUGUCGAACUUAAUUCCUGAAUUUAGGGCCUGUUUACAUGGAGGUGGGGGACCCCAGGUAGAUGAGGUAACCCGCCCGUCCAUAUAAUCUCUCAUUUUCAGUACUUGGAUCACGUUUACAUGAUAGGUGGGGUGACUCGCCUAGGCGGGUAGCCCGGUCUGCCAGACCGGGUAACCCUCUCGGCCGGGGUCAAAUUUUGCCAUGUAAACGUUUCAAGGUGGGGUAACCCGCCUAGCCGGGGUCGGAUUCGGAAGACAUCAAAUUCGAGCAAAAUUCAUUUUGGCGGUGGUUUUGCAUUAUUAUUAAAGGUAGCAAUAGAAAGCCACAGCACUGAAGAUUGCAGCAAGAGCAGCACGUGAGUGUAGAAGAGAAUUAAUCACCAAAACACGAAGUUUCCCAACAUUUUUCUUGUUUACGUGCUUGGCGACCAUUCAAUAAUCUUGAAAAUGUGCACUCCGGGGUGGCGGGAUUGUAAGAUUACAUGUAAAGGGGGGUUAUUUUUUUUACCCCACCUAAGCUGGUUACCUCACCUACCUGGGGUCUCCCACCCCCAUGUAAAGAGGCCCUUAGUUCGGCACGGCAGAAGCACGACGUCUAAACUGGGCCUUAGAAAUGCAACUGCUAACUGUAUUUUUACAAAAAUAUACUUCUAAAUUUAAAUUUCGUCUCCCAACUUUAUCUAUGACCUGUAACCUGUGACCUCCAAAAGAAACCUGCCGGGAGAUUACUGAUAUUUUGAAAAUUCUAAGGGAAAAAAUGAACAACAAAGCAGACAAAGCUUGAUUAAUAAACAGGGCUGGAGAAAUGAUCUAAAGGGAAACAAAAAUUGCUUCGAGUAUUAUUUGAUAAUAAGCGGGGGGUUCGAGUUCACUGAAGGUAAAAUAACAGUAAAUCUAUGAAGGAAAUAAAGGGGAGAUGUCAUGAGGUCGAGUUAGCGAGAAUUCAUGAUAUCGGGAACCACUGUACUUUGUAUUUAUUUUUUUUUAUCUAUACUUGUAUCCAGAUUGUUUCAUUUAUCACUUCAAAAAAUAUCAAGAUUUAACCCCAGAAGGUUUUGUAGUGAAAUAUUUCACCAUCAAAGGAGGUCUGUUCCUCGUGUUCGGUGACGCUCAUAUCCGAACCAGUGCUUUCAUCUACAAGUUCAACGACUCGUCAAGAAAAUUCUUCCUUUACCAGACCUUGGAUUCAUACUUUACGUUCCAGGUGGAAUAUUUCACAAUUUCUGACGAACACUACCUUGCUGUUGCUGAAUUUGCGCUUAACGCAUCAGUUAUUUAUCGUUGGAAUGGACAUUUUUUUACUCCAUUCGAAAACAUUGCAGCAUAUGUACGGGACUUCAGUUUUUUUACAGUAGACAAAGAACCAUAUCUUGCCGCAUCCAGCCGUAACAGUUCAAUCUAUCAAUGUAUCAUCUAUAGGUGGAAAAACAUCACCUUUGAAAAGUUUCAGGUAAUAGGAGGUUCCUGUUCUGUAAAUUCGUUUAUAAUUGACAAUGAAACCUACUUUGCCCAGGCUGGUGGCUCAAUCAGACAAGGAAAAUCAGUCGUCGUUUAUAAGUGGUCAGGAGAAAGCUUCUCUAAACUGCAAACUCUCCCGCCAGCAUCAGAGGCAAAAUUCUUUAACAUUAAUGAACAAGUGUUUCUCGCCCUGGCAGGGUCUCAACGUGAAAAUACGAACUCGUAUAUUUACAAGUGGGAAGGCGGGCAGUUUAUUUUGUUUCAGUCCAUUAGUACUCUUGGUUCCUGGGUUCCUUGCGUGCAUUCAUUUGUCAUGUUAGGUCAAAUGGUUUUGGGUUUCACUGAACCGCAGGGCAAAAAGUCCACGUUGUAUCGGUUCUCUCUGGACAGGUUCACUAAAUAUGAAGAGAUUUCGACCUUUGUACCCACUUAUAUGACGACAUUUGAAUACAAGGGUUAUACUUACCUGGCUAUUGCUAAUUUUGCUAAUACCGGAGGCAUGACCCGAAGGAGUACUAAAAGCACGCUGUAUAAGUGGACUAUGGGAAUGUAA